AUGUCCUCUGCCAACUGGCAUGCUGAAUCGGAUCCAUCAGAAGAGGAAACAAAUCACGAAUCGCCUGCAGCAAGAAAGCGAAGCAGCAGAGCUUGCGAUCAAUGCCGGAAAACAAAGAGCAAGUGCGAACCAUCUCCUUCUACACUUGGCACAUGUAAGAGCUGUGCAUUGACAGGGAAUACAUGCACUUUCCUAGGCCCCAGUUACAAACGUGGCCCACCCAAAGGCUAUAUACAGGCCAUUGAGCAAAGAUGGCAUCAAGUCGAGUCUCUGUUGGGUGCAGUCAUCGCCUGCUCAGACCCCAGGGUUCAGGACAUCGUAUCCGAGCUUCAGCAAGACGACCUCGCCCGUGAGAUAUUGCAUAGAGUGGAUGUCGGUCCAUUCGGUCCUUCCGGGAGACUGCAUCAACCAGUUGGCGCUACUAAAGAGGAAUUUUUCGCUUCCAUAUUUAGGAGUAACGAAGCCUCAACUCGGGAUCUCGCUCGUUCCCGCAGACAGUCUCGAGUAUCGCGAGAAAUAGUAUCUUCUGCCAGAGAUGAUGGAUUGUGUACCGUCCCAACGGCGGAGUGGCAAGACCGUUUGUCCGCACGAUUAGCAUCCGCAGGCUCUAUGUCCGGAAUACGUCCUCAUGGUUUGCCUGCACCAUUCCAAGGUAUAUCUUUCCAUUCGCCAACGCUUGACCCCCAAGGAGCACCGCCGUCACAACGACGCCGCUUGAAUACAUGUUCAGGCACCGGCCCAUCGCAAGGUUACCCAGAUUGGAAUGACAUGUACACCAUGGAUGCACUUUCAGAUUCUGAAGGAACCGAUGAGUCCAAUGAUCCGACUGAUGCUUUUGGUCAACUAUCUCUAGAUGAGAACAGAGAGGUUCGCUAUCAUGGAAAGGCCAGCGGCCUUCAUCUUCUGGGACGCAGCGACCGCGUUGAUGACCGACAUGAAGGAGGGAUUUGGCAUCUGCCCAUGGCACGGGUGUGGCCACCUGCCAAAAAUUAUCUGGCUCACCUGCUUCCGGAAGAAGACCUCCAUGUGCAGCUUCCUUCGGUCGCAUUGCAGGAUCAUCUCGUAGAGUUGUAUUUCAUUUAUGUACACCCAAUUUUCCCUGUAAUUCACAAAGGUCGAAAAUAUAGUAGCAAUCCCACUACUCCGGAAUUCAGCGGGGAUAUUUCCACCUUUUCACCAAAACUGGAGCCUUCGCAGACUGUAACCAAGUUACUACUGCUGGCUAUAUAUGCAAUUGCUGCUCGCUAUUCAGACGAUUCCCCCCCUCCUGUGGGUAAGAUGUGGGAAGUGGGAUGCGAUUAUCUCAUUGAAGCGCGUACACUUCUCACCAAAGUGUUUCAUAGUAGCCGUGCUUCUACAUGUCAGGCCUUACUUCUUCUAGGCCAUCGGGAAUUUGGAAUCGGUUCCAUGGAGCAAGGCUGGCUUUACAUAGGGAUGGCCAUCCGUAUGGCUCAGGAUUUAGGGCUCAAUCGUGCUGCAGACAAAUGGCAGCUCAACGGUUCAGAUCUGUUUUCAUAUGAGGAGAAACAAAUUAGGAAACAGAUAUGGUGGGCAUGUUGUGUCGCUGACAAGUCAGUCAAUGUUCUGUUUUAUAAUUCUCUUGCUAAUUGUUGCAAGGGAACAGAUAUGGGGAGACCCGCGUGUAUUGGGGAAACCGAUUUCGAUACUCCUUUUCCUGAAAUCGAUCAGGAUGACGAAGAACUCUGGCAAAUCCGCCCAUCAGAUCCUGAAUAUUCACACUAUUCAUCAACGCCCUCCAGAGUUAUGAGCUGCUUCCGUGCCGCUGCUUCUCUGUCGGUAAUCGUCGGGUCCAUCGUGAACUUGGUUUAUCCCGUGCGUCCAAUUGCGCGCGUCUCUCGACGCACCAUACUGGCAAACUUGGAAACUCGCCUAGAUCAAUGGUAUAUUGACCUACCAAAUAGCCUCCGAUAUGACACAGCUAGCAAAAGAAAUACUCCACCUCCACCUGUUCUCUUCCUCCACGUGCAAUACUGGUCAGCAGUUCUGUUGCUCCAUCGGGCAUUUAUACCGAAUUGGAAGGGGUCGGAGCAAUUACUUCAUAACUCUUCUACUGACUCGGAUACUGCCUCUUUGAAAGCCUUUGAUUUAUGCCAGAGUGCCGCUACCUACGUUAGUACUAUAGUAACUACGUAUCACGAAAACUUCAACUUGCAACGCAGUUCUCCCUUUUUAACGUCAUAUUUACUGAGUGCAGGAAUAAUGCAUGUUGUGACACUAACAUUACGAACAUCCAAUGUACAGGCCUGUAUCGGUUUGCGCCAGUGUCUAACAGCUCUGAAGGAACUUGAAAUAAUAUGGCCAAGUGCUGCUCGGGCUUGGGACCUACUUCAUGGUGUAAAGGUUCAGGUCGAUAGCAACUUGACGCCCUUGAUACCUGGUCCCGAUAGGCGCAAGAGGCCAGCAGACGACGCUUUUGGUAAGGAAAAGAGUUCAGACUUCCUUCAGCGAGAAGCUUUCGGAAAUCUCGAGGAGAAAGAACUGCCAGCGCCCCAGAUUGUCAACGGAAUACAAGAUAUGAGCACUCGGAUGAUGGCCCACAUGCUAGGUUUAGACAUCCCAGGGAUUGAACCUUCGACGUCAUACUACCCUGGGUACGAAUGGUGGCCACGUACCAACAGUCCUCAAACAUACAUGCAAAUUCCCAUUCCAUUGUCUGGUGCAGCGCCCAGUGCGCUCGUGAGCUAUGUUACGCAGAACCAGUCAGACUGGCGGAAUAGUGCUACAAUACCCAGUUAUUCUUUUGAUUUUCAGGAUGUGACCCAACCCGCUUCCGGCCACUAG